AUGGCACCACCAAAGCCCCUAGCCCGCUCGACGCCCGCGUCCGCCUCGUCGUCGCCCUUUUCGGCCCUCUACAACUCCUACGUCGCCACGACGCCAAAACGCCUCAAGCUCGUCGACGCCUUCCUCGUCUUCCUCAUGGUCAGCGGCAUCAUCCAGUUUGUCUACUGCAUCGCCAUCACAAAUUACCCCUUCAACUCCUUCGCAUCCACCGUCGGCCAGUUUGUUCUCGCCGCCUCGCUCCGCAUCCAGGCCAACCCCGAAAACAGCCACGUCUUCCCAAAGGUCUCGCCAGAGAGAGCGUUCGGCGACUUCCUCUUCGCAUCAGUCCUGUUCCACUUUUUCGUCUUCAACUUCCUCGGGUGA